AUGAUUCGUGCAACGACUCCGGUGGUAAUUACGGUGGAUCUAUGGAGGAUUUGGGGUUCAGAGGGGAGAUCUGGAACUAUCUUGUCUCAAGAAGGAUUGAAAAUGGAGAGGUACUACGAGAUUGGGACACGAUUGGUAUGGAACCCGGAACCCUCCGGGAGGCACUGGGGAAUGGAUCAGGUCGGGCUCGGGCUUGGGAGGCUCAGGGAGGCUCGAGGAGGGAGCUCAUAUGGUGAAAUGGAAAUGGUGCGGAGAGUUUCAGGCGUUGGGUGGUAUCUCGGAUCUGGAGAGUAUGUGGAGGUGGAGGCAUGCGGUGGGAGAGCCGAUCGGAAUCUCUCUUCUAAUGACUACCAUAGGAAAGAUAUUAGAAGAAAGAGUGGAGAUUUUCCAUGGUUCCUGGUGGAGAAUUUUCAGAAAUUCCAGUGGAGUGGGGGAAGGGUAUUAGGAACUGGGUGGAGUAAAUGGGAUUGGCUGGAAUGGGGAUGUCGUUUGUUUGGAAUUGAGAUUAUGGAAGUUGAGUGGGGAUUGAUGGAGGGUUCACUUGGUCAAAAAGGGAAUCCCCAUUUACUAUGGAAUCCGGAGAGUCAGGGGACUAAGAAUGGGGUUUUUGGGAAAGCAUAUCUGCCAAGUUUAGGAGGAUUGAGGGAAUUCCGGUGCAAGAGAGAUAUAUGGGAAGGAGAUUGGACAUUACGCGUUAGAGAUCUUAAGGAAAUCAGGGAGGAAAAGUAUUUUCAGAGGAGAGAUAGGAUUGAAGAUUUGAUCUCCGUCUUGCUGAGUCUUUCACGCUUGUUUUGCUACUAA